CGGAAGCGCAGCGUGAUUCACGUGACCAGCUGCGGCGCUCGGACUCUCGGUGCCUUUCCCCGUCUGUACCCGAACAUCCAGCGACCCUCUGCGGCCCGCGCACUCAGGACGGACCCGGGGACUGCUUCUGUCUCUCCUCCGCGUUCCGCUCUGCUCUCCGCUCUCCCCGGAGCAGAGGCCCUCCCGCGGCUAGUGCUGACGUCUGUGGCCGCACUGUCGCCUUCCCCCGCCGCUGGAGCAGUAUGGGACCAGGAAGCGCAGCAGCUGUCGGGCGAUGAACGCACAAAGGACCGUUAAACCCGCGCUUCACACGUUACACGAGUGUAGGUCCUGAUCGCAGCCGCGGUAGACGCCUGGAUCCCCGCAGAGAGUGCAGCUGGAGCUCCGGGGCCGCCGGGAGCACGGUCGUUUGUUUUCGCCGUUAGCAUUAGCUUUAGCUCGGCUAGCGCGUUAGGCUCGGGUCGCUCCGGGUGUGAUGACGGGGAUCAGGAUGGGUCUGGCCGGGGCACAGAGGAGAUGUUGGCUCGCAGUUGUGGUCCUCUUCAUGCUGAUUAUGGAGUGCACGGCUCGGAUACACAAGCUAACGCUCAAGAAUGAAACGCGCUUCCUGGUCCAGCUCAACACUUUUGGUUUCUAUGCCAACGGGACCCUGGACGUGAACCUGAUGGCGCUGAGCUUCUCUGAGCAGCAGGUCAACCACCUGGUGGGAUUCAGCCUGUCCAGGUCUCGUGUGAGCGGUGUCCUGUCCUACACAGCCGAGGAGACGGACAGCUGUCCUCUGACCGCCACGAAGUCCACCAACAACGAGCCUCUCAUCCUCUUCUUGCUGGACACCUCCUCACUGCGAGUCAAUGUGAAAGUGAUGGGAGAACAAGACAACAUCCUGACCGGGCGCAGAGUGGAGCCAGAGAAAAGAUCCAAACGAGAGGACACACAGCCCGCUGAAACAAAAGUAACUGUGGCCAAGUCAGUGAUCGCCGCCGCUGCCACUGCACAGAAGAAGACCCCCACACCACAGAAGAAGGCCCCGGGACCAGACCCGGAGAACCCGGAGAACCCGGAGAACCCGGAGAAGCCGGAGAAGCCGGAGAAGCCGGAGAACCCGGAGAACCCGGAGAACCCGGAGAACCCGGAGAACCCGGAGAAGCCGGAGAAGCCGGAGAAGCCGAAGGAGAACCCAGAAGCCAAAGAUAAAGCACAGAGCCCAGUGGAGGAGGUCUCUGCUGUGGAGCUUUUAAAUGUAAAGCAGUUCUCUUUGGCUCUGGGCAAAGUGGACAACUCCUACAACUUCAGUUUCCACCUGACGGUUGGGACGUUGGCUCAGGGCCUCUACAACCUCAACUUCCACUACUGCCCCAAGAUGCUGCCGGGACUGCCCUACUCGCUCAGUGUGGAGGUGACGGAGAAGAACCCAGGGGGGUACCUGUCUGCUGCUGAUAUCCCACUGUCACGCCUCUACAUUGGGAUGGCUGGAGUCUUCUUCACCGCAGCCCUGGUGUGGGUCUACACCCUCAUGAAGCACAGAUACAGUGUGUUUAAGAUCCACUGGCUGAUGGCAGCUCUGGCCUUCACUAAAGCCACCUCUCUGGUCUUCCACAGCAUAAACUACCACUUCAUCAACACAGAGGGCCACCCCAUCGAGGGCUGGGCGGUCAUGUACUACAUCACUCACCUGCUGAAGGGGGCGCUGCUGUUCAUCACACUGGCUCUGAUCGGCACAGGCUGGGCUUUUGUCAAGUACAUCCUGUCAGAUAAAGAGAAGAAGAUCUUCAUGAUUGUCAUCCCUCUGCAGGUGCUGGCGAACGUGGCCUACAUCAUUAUUGAGUCAACGGAGGAGGGCUCCAGUGAGUACUCCCUGUGGAAGCAGAUCCUGUUCCUGGUGGAUCUCAUCUGCUGUGGAGCCAUCCUCUUCCCCGUCGUCUGGUCCAUCCGUCACUUGCAGGAGGCGUCCAGUACUGACGGCAAAGCUGCAGUCAACCUGGAGAAGCUCAAGCUCUUCAGACACUACUACGUCAUGAUCGUGUGUUACAUUUACUUCACGAGGAUCAUAGCCAUUCUCCUGAAGAUCACCAUGCCGUUCCAGUGGCAGUGGUGCUAUGAGUUCCUGGUGGAGGUGUCCACUCUGAUCUUCUUUGUACUGACCGGGUACAACUUCAGACCGGCAUCCAACAACCCGUACCUCCAGCUACCCCAGGACGAGGAGGACGAGGAGAUGGACCAAAUAGUCACCGAGUCCGGAGCACUAGAGGGCAUCUCCCACGUCAAGAAGACCUCCAACGGACGCGACCGCCAGAGGGAGUCCACGCUAUGAGCCACGGGCCAGAAGCGGGACCCCUGACCCGGGGGAGGAGAGGUCCGGACGCCGCCCCCCCUCCCCUCUGAGACUCUGGUGCAGUGGUGAUGUGUCCACUGUCUGACUAUGCAACACACUCCAGCGGGCUCCCCAGUGCUACGCGUGGAUGGACAAUAGAGACAUGACUGCCGCCAUCUCCAAUCUUUUCUUCAUCCCUCUCUUUCGCUCUCUCGCUCUCUCCAAAGAUGACUACACUGCAAAAAAAGUUUCAAUUCAGAAUAUUUCUCUUGUUUUGAGUAGUUACAAUUGUUUCUAUGGUGAUUGCUUAAUACAACUAUUGAUACUUUUAAGUGACGUCAGGCUGGGGGUGUUCUACAUGUGUAUCUAUUGGCGGAAUGUUCAGCAGUUACCAUGGUGACACAUUGCACACAUUUGCAAACACAGAAAAAAGAAAAAAAUGAACCCACGAUCAAUACGGAGGCGUUCAUGAUCUUUUUUAGGUGUUUCAUUCUCAAUGAAAAGGUGAGAGUAGUUCCAAGCAGGUCAGCUCUUUCUGGGCAGAGCUUCGAACAGAGUAGUGCUUUCAGUUAGCUUCAAAUUCCGAGAGAAUGCUGAUGAGUUCAGCUGCAAUGUAUGAAUACGGUCACACACACACACGCGCGCCUGCUACUGGCCUUCCAAAAGAACUAUAAAGCAACAUGGAACAUUACAAUUUAGAGGUACAGUAUGUAACUUUUCUGAUGGAACUUUCCUUGUGCUUGUCUCCAUGGACAUGUUGCUUUUGCCUGAAAUGUUCCAUGGCGUGGCAUUUAACCUCUCCAUCUUGCAUUUACUGUGAGCUGGAUCAGCUUUAGACAAGAGGCGCUGUACAUUAUUUUUACUGCCUUAAAAAUCGUGAAAAAUUGAACUUGUUCAUUUGAAACAGUUUGCAGUGGUCCAAAGUUAUUCCUCACUUCCCUUAUGCAUUCAGAACAUCCUCAUUUUCCACCGCAGCGACUGUUUAAACGCUUUUCACAACCUUCAGAGACCAGUGUGGCAUUAUGCUGUAACUCUAAUGGUAACAACUAGCAUGCUAACCACGGCUACUGGCCUUUUAAUGCCUUAUAUCUCCAUGGAUACGAGAUGGUGGCUGACCCUCCAACAGAAAAGUAACAUAAGUUUUACUUUUGUUACAUAAGACUUACUCAAACCCAGAUGGAUGCUGUGAAUGGACGUGGCCUGAGCUCAACUACAUGACGUCUGGGGGUGUGGUCUUUGCGUCUGGGGGCGUGGUCUUUGCGGUACUCCUCCUGAGCUCUGUGUUUGUGAGUUUUCAUGACGGACUUUUUCUGCUCAGGUUGACUCUUUCUAAGUGGACGUGUAGUUAGUGCACAGUGUGAACCUUAUGGCCUAUACAACAUACAACAUAUGUUUCUUUACACUUAAUCAGGGCUGCACAUACCAUAUGUGGAGAUGGCUCAUGUUUCAUUCAAUAUACAAUACAUUUUUGGACAAAUAAGCGCGAGUAAGUUAUUGUAAUGUAAAUUCCUUUAUUUGAAACUUGUGAAAAUUGAAACCUAGGUGGUGGGCGAUAAGUAUAUUGUUUACUAAAUGAUUUACAUAGUUUUUGUUAAUGACAAAGCAAAAUUAUAAUAUUGAGUGUAUUGUGUUGUAAUAAGAAAAAAAAAAAAGUUGAUGAGUUAGAAAAAUCCAAUAUUUCUGCACUGUUGUGUUAAUUUUAUAAUCCAUUCACUUCACCUCAACCGAGACAUUUACAGGCACGUUUAUCACAUUUGAAUUCUUUACAUUAUUAUUUUUACAAUCUCGCUUUUUUGUCAGUACCACUUCUACCAGACAAACAGACUAAACCAGGAACAAAACAAAACUUCAUUGGAGCGACAUUGGACUGGAAAAGUGUUUCUUUUAAAGAGGGGGGGUUAUGCAAAAUCAGCCUUUUGUGCGUUUCUCCCUCAUCAAAAACAUGCAAAAACAUUUUAGAUGUCAUCCAUGUAUGUCUGAGUAAUUUAGUGAUCUCUUCCAGGCCCUAUUCGGACCCUCUUUACAGUUACCGGUACUGGCCUGUACAAAGCUCCACCCACAAGUCACCCAUUCUCCUGCACGGACAUUAUUUUUUAUAAAUGUACAAAAUCAUGAUACAAAACAAUACACUAUACAACCUCACACACCUGAUGCAGUAAAAGGUCAUGUGAUGUUAGCAGUUACACCCCAUAGAAGUUUAAUAUUCCCUUUUGAAAUAUUUGAAUUUCCAACAGUUUUAGGCUCUGUUUGGAAAUACUGGUCUAAAUCCUAAAAUAACUCUUAAUCUGUAGUUUUGGUGAUAAGUUGGUUGUACUGGCUGAAACGGCACUAACCAUAACUCUGCAGGAUCUUGUGCACCCUAUGUUUGAAUUCUACUUUUCUGUUUGGAUUCAAUAUUAAACCUAUGGCUGUUCUUUCCAUCUUUCUGUAUCAUUUCACCUUAAGCGCGUUCACUGUCGUUCUUUUUCUGUCGUUCUGUUUGGACUCUUGUCGUUACAGCACACGUUGGAACGCUUCGUAGUUAUUCUAACUUUCUCAAAUCACAGAAUCACAUCAUCAUACAUCCAGCACAGGUGAAGUGUAUUGCUCGAGAAGCGGGAUUUACUCCGUAAAUCUGAUUAUUAUGGUUGGGUUUUAGAAGUCUACGAACAUUCUCUUAAGAGCUGCUUUUAGGUUAUUUGUUCAUAUUUUAGUCUUCUCUCACUGCUUAUUCUUCUGUGUGUUAAUAAAAUGUAUUAUAAUCCAA